CGGUAUCUUCGCCAGUCGACAACACCCGGCCGCCGCGCAAGCACGCGUCAGCACGCUCCGACACUCUCCUACCAAAUACUACCAAUUUCGCGAACGACUUUUCGAUAUAGUUUCUUUAGUUUUCCAGCUAAUUGUGCUACUAGUGUUAUCGUGCAGUGUUAUUGCAGGCUCGCCGUUGCUAAGGUUGUGAACGAAACAAAAGAAAAUUAAAUUCGCGCGAUCCAAUUUCGAAUUCGACAUGUCCUAAUCGACGAAUCCUUUUUUAAAUUUGUAAUUGGAAUGGAUUCGUGGAGAACUGGCCAGUGAUUUAGUGUUGGUUGUGUGUGAUUUGUGUUGAACUAGUGUGAUAUAAAAACAAAAUGGAAGCCAUGGAACGGAGAGGAAAGUUGGCGGCGAUCGCUGCUAUCAUGUUCAUCGUGUUUUGGUCGCAAUGUCGAGGAGUGGAAGGUCAGAGAAACAACACGAAGAUGUCGUACGUGUGUCCGCCGCAGUUCAUCAGGCUGGGACACAGCUGCUACUACUUCAGUGAAAACAAGGCCACGUGGCAGAAUGCACUCUUCGCAUGCACGGACCGAGGCAGUAACUUGACGGUGCCAGCGCGUUGGGAAGACAGGAAUCUUCGCAAGUACCUCAAUAAACCUGAUGUCGUGAAAGAAAGUAGGUGGAUCGGUGGUAUCUACGACUAUGGAGCCAGGUCCUGGCGGUGGGGAGGAGAUCUCCGCAAGAUGCAUUACCAAUCCUUCUCCAAGAUGAAGAAGAUGACCCCGGAGGAACUGAAGUGGCAUUGCAUCGCUAUGAUGCCGGACUUGCUUUACAGGUGGUCACCUCGCAACUGCGUCGAAGCUCGUCACUACAUCUGCCAAACUAAACUGCAAAAGGUGCCAAAGGCCAAAGUGAAGGACCUGCGUCGUCGCUGGCAACGAAUGGGACAGAUCAACGAAAUCACUGCACCAAGCGUCAGUAGGGAGGUCAAUGAUCCCAUGAUGAUAAAUGACGUCACUGUGAACCCUGUACACCAUCCGAAAUCGUACGAUCUGCGCCCCAACCCUUAUCCUAGAGGACAAAAGCGACACGGCACGAGGACGAACAGUCCUACCUCCAAGUAUGAUUUGAGACCGAAUGAGCUGAAGAAGCGAUCGAGGCCCAUCGUCCACCGAAGGCUCAAGAGACCGUUCCCAGGUUACACAUGGAAUCGCCGCGACCCUGAAGGCUCAUACCAACGUAACGCUGAGCUGCUCCGCUCCGGCCGCACCGGGCUUACUCCGCAGCAGGUGAACGCUCACCUCGCGCGGCUGCGACAUCUGCGAGACAAACAAGUUGCUCGACGCAAGCGACUACGUGACGACGACUGGCUGGUGAACGAGCCCAGGCAAGCUCUCGCGCAGACCCACGCCAGGACCUACACUGUCGACAACAACAUCAGCGCUCUGCAUCCCAAGACCAUCGUCGAAGAGUUCAACAUGGAGUUCCCGCACCACCCCGCUGGCCCACCCAAAUCGAACCGCAACACCGGCUAAUCGAUUCGACUUUGACUAACUUGACCCAUCGAUUAUUCAAAAAUCGAUUAAGUUUAUUCAUCGAUAUUAAUUUAAGUUCCUCGCGAUUUUCCGAUCUUCUUAUGACUUUGCUUUUAUUAAUAUUUAUUGUUGACACUUUACGAUAGUUCUGAUUCCUAUCACUAGCGUGUGCCUCAUUUGUUUUAGUAUCAAUUGAGUGAGAAUGCGUCGCCUAUUGUUAAGGAAUCAAUGUUGGACGAGGUGUCGUCGACGUGGUAGAAACUCAUAGCGUAGUUUCCUUACCUGUCGACCAAUCGUCUCGUCGUUGGACGUGUGGUUUAAGCCAACGUCGUGAAGUGCCAUUCCAUUGUUCUUCUUCUCUUCUUCGUAGAGUAGCCAGAACUUACGACUCUUUGUCUACUCGAAUCAUAAAAGUUAAGCUUACUUAUCCAUACUUUAAAUAACUGCAAUCCAGUGUGAGUCUUGUCAGUCUAGUUGUAGUUACCACAUUAUUGCACCUGUUAACUUUGUAGUCUUUAGUACUUCAUUUUGCUGUUAUGUACUCAUUUACAUAGAAUCAUGAAUGAGUAUUAUUGUUUACCUACUUACAUUUAAUUCAAAUUGAAUUACCUUAUCAUGACCAACUCUCUUUUGUACAAUGUAUUUUGUGACUCUUCACGACCCAGCUACUAACAUGUUAAGUUGCGAACGAGUGUAGAACAUGUUGGUAGAUACUGUUUCAUAUAUUCUUCUAAGAUGUUACUACAUCUAGUUUUAUUUUAAUAUUAUUUCGUUUGUUUUGUAUUCCACACGUUUUGAUUAUUAUUAUUAUAAUGUCUAAUGCUGUGCUUUUAAAUUAAGUGCGUCGUGGUAAUCUUGUUUUAUUUUUGUAUUUAUAAUGUACUAGUCAGUAAGUUUUAUGAGAAAAUAUAAAUGUAGAUUACUAAAAUGUUUAAUCUUAUCUAUAGUUUCGAGAAUGUUGAUAAUAUUAAUGGAUAUAAAAUUUAAUAUCGUCGAUGUAGGCACACCAGUAUCAAAGUUGAAAUAUUGCAAAUAAUAAUCAUUAACUUUCUCACAGUAUAAGUGUAUUUAUUAAAAAUAAAAUAAAAACAUUAACAAGAAAGUGUCGUACAUCGUAAUUGGCAUUUCGUGUUUAUUUAGCCAUGUAAGUUUACGUUCCAAUUUGUUUGUUAUUUUAGUUAAAAACCUAAUAAAUUUAUACUUUUUUUACUAAACUGCCAGUUAUUGUAGUCCUCGCAUUUAUGAAGUUAAAUCACAUUUUGUGUAAGUUUUUUGUAUGAUAUUUUUAAGCAGUUAUGAUGGAACUCGUUGAUUAAAUGUAGUGUCGCCGGGUUAAUACAACCCUAUCUUAAUCACAUUUUGUAAAUUAGAUUUCUUUGAGAACGUAUUUGCUUGUUCUUUCUAAACAGUCGUAUUGAUCCUCUUGAAAAUAUCUUGAAAAAUGAAAACAAACAAUAAAAACACUGCCACUUAUUUUUAAUUUUUUUUUUUUGUUUCUGUUGCAACCGGCGACGUGUAUCUAUAAAAUAAAAUGAAAAUCAGAUAAGUUUUAGAUUGAACAUUAAAGUCAUAUCAAUUUGUAAAUCUUUGUCCAACGUUUAAAACUAAAUGUUGAGUCACGCAUAGCUGUAGUAACUUAUGUUUUUAGAUUUUUGAAAAACUAGUCUACUAGUUACGCGCUUAGUAUUACUAUCAUACCUCAAAACACAAUUUCUUCAAAUAAAAAAAUAAGUUAUAAAUUAAAAAAAAAUAAACAUCUUAACUUUUUUUAGUAAGUUCUAAAAAAAAUGUUUUAAUAUUUUGAUCUGUAAAUACUACUUAAUUUUAAAUUUAGUAGUAGCAACACCGAGGUACUGUGAAUUGUUUUAGGCAAGCGGAGAACUUAUCUGUAGGAACAAAAUAACUUCUUAUUGUAUCUUAAGUAUUAAUAAUUACUUAUAACUAUAAGAAAA